AUGGCCUACCGGAAUACUUCAGUAUUCUCGUCGCCUUUUGCACUCUCUUCACCGCCACAGUCGCCCAGAAAGCGACGGCAUCUAUUGAGAGAGUCCGAUGAGACCGACGGAAUGAUCUCCAUUGAGCAGUACCUUUACCGCGGAGACCCUUUUCGCUCAACGGAUAUGGCAGUGGAACUGCCAUACCCAUUGAUCCUGCAGUCCGCCCCUGCUGAGAUCACCACGAAGGUCACGUCGUUGUAUGAGCAAAUACGCGACAUACUCCUUGAUCAUGGGUUCCCCGACGCUAGCUACUUGCAAGCUGCAGUCAACACUGUGACCAAGUUGGGGUACCAUUGGGACCCCCAGACCGUCCUUCGUUUGUCAUUCGAAUAUGUCGGCCUUGAGUUCGUUGAGCCUCCAACGCCCCCUAAACGCCUAGGACCAGCCAGGGAUGCCAUUGUAGAAUUCCUGAAGAAAAAUGGAGUUCUGAUUCACGUUGAGAUCAUCUUUCCUGACCAUGCCUUCAUGCCUUGUUUAUUCAACCUCUCACCUACUGAUCCGACCUUAUCCAAAUACCGACCAGUUCAAACUUGGGUGCUGGAUUACGCUACCAGAGAAUUACCCGAAAGCUGGGUAUCUGUUUCUUGCUUUGGCGUUGGAAGAACUAAGGAAAAGUCGACACCAUCCAUUGUCGUCCUCUUUCAGCCGGCGAUUGUCUGCGGCUGA